AUGUCCGCCUGCAGCGCGAGCGAUGACGCUCAGGACAAUCAGGACAGCAUACUGGAGCCGCUGUGUUUCCCAGAGCAGCCAGCUGAUGGCGCCGGUGCUCCCAGUGUGCAGGGUCCCAGUCUGCAGGGUCCCGGCACCGAGCUGCUGGUGUGUCUGUUCUGCCCCGAGUCCGUCUCCCUGCAGCAGAAAGACGUCCUCCUCAAACACCUGCUGCUGGAGCACAAGCUCGUCAUCGCAGACGUCAAACUGAUCGCAGACCUGUCAAAGUACAUGUUGUACUGGAAGGGCAGAUUCUUGGAGCAACCGGUUACAGAUUUCUGCAGCGUGAUCAAGACGAACUCCACCGGGCCAGUCGAGAAACAGGAGGACUACUUCCUGCUGUGUGACGUCCUUCCGGAGGACCGAAUCCUCCGAGAGAGGCUCCAACAGAAACGACUGGAGGAGGUGCUGGAGCAGCAGCAGGUGGAGAGAGACGACGGCAGCUUCCAUCGUCUCUGUAUGUUCUGCAGUGAGGAGUUCGCAGGAAACAGGUCGUCUCUGUUGAACCACAUGGCCCGAGAACACUCCUUCAGCAUCGGACUGCCGGACAACAUCGUCUACUGCAACCAAUUUCUGGACACUCUGCAGAGAAAACUGGACAACCUGCAGUGUUUGUACUGUGAGAAAACCUUCCGGGAUAAAACCACGCUGAAGGAUCACAUGAGGAAGAAAGCUCACCGCCGCAUCAACGCCAGCAACCACGAAUACGACCGCUUCUACGUCAUCAACUACCUGGAGCUGGGGAAGACCUGGGAGGAAGUGCAGAGUGAGGAUGACCGCGAGCUGGCAGACGAUGAAGAUGACGAUUGGUCGGACUGGCAGGCUCAUCCGGUCUCCGCCGUGUGUCUGUUCUGUGAGCAUCAGUCGGAGACGAUGGAGCAGAUCUACACACACAUGAAGGAAGCUCAUGGUUUCGAUCUCCAUAAGCUGAGGACAGAACUCAAUCUCAGGUUCUACCAGCAGGUCAAACUGGUGAACUUCAUCCGGCGGCAGAUCCACCAGAGUCGCUGCUACGGCUGCCAGGAGAAGUUUGACUCCAGAGACGCCGUCCUCCGUCACAUCGCGGCUGAAGGUCACAUGAUGAAGCUGCCGGAUGUGUCGACCUGGAACCAGCCGCAGUAUUACUUCCCCACAUACGAGAACGACGCCCUCCUCUGUACUCUGUCUGACAGCGACGAGGAGGAAAGCGACGAGACGAAUCACGGCGAGGACGUCCCGGUCAUCGCCGAGGACAUCUCCAACCUCAGAGCGCUAAAACAGAGCAGCGUCCUCAACCAGCUGCUGAAGAACAGAGGCUCCUGCAGCUAGGACCACGGACAGUUGGGGCAACAGGACUGUUUAUGCUCCGUCCGUCAGUUGGAAGAUAAAUGGACAGCACUGCGUUUUCCUCCCAAAUGUUUCACCACUUAACUUAUGUCCUGCAAAGAACUAAUACCAGUCAUUACGCACCCUGAACUCGCACUUUAAAAGCCGCCAGAAGCCUUUUCAGAAGUGCAGCAGCGGCUCAGAUGUUCCAGUUCAACCUUUACUUGCUACUUAUUUCCAUUCAAGCAAUAAAGAUAAAUACAAACAUGUUUUCUUGAAUAUUAAGUUUAUUAGGUUUAUAGGCACCAUGUGUAAUUUAAUUUUUAUGUAUUAAUCAUUUUUAUUGCCAAUGAGGGAACAGGUUGUAAUGUCACUUAAAAAGCUUAUAAAUGGAGGACCAACAGGACACUGACUGCAGUUCACUUAACGGCCACUGGUGGCGCUGUUAAAUAGAGUUUUAGUUUAGAUUUUUUUUUCUUUUGUUCAUUCAUAAACUAUAACCAGUGCUGAACUGACAGCUGCAGUGCAGAUGAAGACAUCUUCCAGCUGUUUCUGUUAAAUAAAUGUUGUCCAGCUUCA